CACACAGACAGAGAGAAGGUCUGCAGAAGGGGGGGCUGAUGACGGCCCUUCUCCUGAUAGGCUGGCUGUGGCAGCAGAUGUGACGUCACACGGAAUUACGCAGUGACUGCGUCCUCUCUCUCUCUCUCUCUCUCUCCCUCUCUCCGUCUGUCCUUCAUCUGCUCCUCCAUCAUCAUCCUCAUCAUCGAUCCUCGGCUGACGGAAGCGGCAGCGGCGGGAACUGCGCGCGCGCCGUGUGAGAACACAGACGGAGCUCCAUCUUCAUCCUCUUCUUCCUCACCAUCAUGUCCGGAUCUAAGGAGGAGGACCGCAAAGGCUCGGGCGAGUGGCGCGACUUAUUCUGGAACCCGCGCACGCACGAGCUGCUGGGGCGCACGGCCACGAGCUGGGGUCUGAUCCUGCUCUUCUACCUGAUCUUCUACCUGUUUCUGGCGGGGAUGUUCGCCCUCACCAUGUACAUCAUGUUGCUGACGCUUGACGACUACAAACCCACCUGGCAGGACCGCCUGGCUACCCCAGGGGUGAUGAUUCGUCCAAAAGGAGAUCAGCUGGAAAUCAGUUUUUCGGUUUCAGACACUGAGAGCUGGGACGGAUUUGUCCAGACCCUCAACAACUUCCUUUCUCCUUACAACGACACCUACCAGGUCCAGACCAAUGAUGACUGUCCCCCUGACCAGUACUUCAUCCAGGAGGACAGUGGAGAGGUGAGAAACAACCCGAAGCGUUCCUGUCAGUUCAAUAGGACGAUGUUGGGGGAUUGUUCGGGAGUGUUGGACCGUUUCUAUGGUUACGACAAGGGUCAGCCCUGCAUCUUCAUCAAACUGAACCGGGUGAUCGGGAUGUUACCAGGGAAGGACGGUCAGUCUCCUUACAUCACCUGUGGAGCCAAGAAGGAGGACGCUGAGAAGAUCGGACCCGUGGCUUAUUAUCCCACCAACGGAACCUUCAACCUCAUGUACUACCCGUACUACGGCAAGAAAGCUCAGGUGAACUACACUCAGCCUCUGGUGGCCGUGAAGUUCCUGAACGCCUCCGUCAACACCGACAUCAACAUCGAGUGUAAAGUCAACUCCAACACGCUGCUGCCCGGCAGCGAGCGGGACAAGUUCGCCGGACGGGUUUCCUUCAAACUGCGGAUCAACGAGAAAUAAACACCUGAACUCCAGUUACCACCAGUUACCACCGGUUACCAAUGGUUACCAACGGUUACCACCGGUUACCACCGGUUACCAACGGUUACUUGCGGUUACCACCAGUUACCACCGGUUACCACCGGUUACCUGCGGUUACCAACGGUUACCAACAGUUACCAGCGGUUACCAGCCGUUACCACGGUUACCACCGGUUAACCAGUGUGUAACUGGAGUCCAGUCAAGUUAACUGGAGUUAAAGUUGCACUCAGCCUCGUUUCCCUGUUACUGUUCUGAUCAGCUGUGUUUCUAUCUUCAUGUUUCAUGAUGCAUUCACUGAUCAGCUUCAUGAUGCAUUCACUGACCGGCUUCAUGAUGCAUUCACUGACCGGCUUCAUGAUGCAUUCACUGAUCAGCUUCAUGAUGCAUUCACUGACCGGCUUCAUGAAGCAUUCACUGACCGGCUUCAUGAUGCAUUCACUGACCGGCUUCAUGAUGCAUUCACUGACCGGCUUCAUGAUGCAUUCACUGACUGGCUUCAUGAUGUUAUGAUUUUAGAUACCUUCAUUUCCCUCCAGGUUACCCUGCUGGCUGUCAGCUGAUCUCUGUUAUGAUCCUGAGUGCAGCUUUAACUCGAACACACCCACUUUCAAACCAACCAAUUAGAAAAAGCACCUGCUGUGAUGUCACUGCCACCGAGUCAGGGACCGUCAGACGAAGGCUCCUGUCAAUCAUUCUGCACGAUUCAAAGAUGAAAUUAUUGAUCACACAAGCUCGCACAUUUCAGCGUUUAGUCUGUUUGUUUAUUUAUUUAUUUAUUUAUUUAAUUAUUUAUUUGUUCGUCCAUCCGUCCGUCCAUCCGUCCGUCCAUCUGUCCGUCCAUCCGUCCAUCUAUCUCAGUUACUUUUGUUUGUUUACUGCUUCCGUUGUUCCAGAUAAAAACAGAACAGGUAAAGGAAACGUAGUUCAGAAUCUGGUUCACUCACUGAACUUAACCAAAACCACCUGAACUGUAAAACCUGGACCAGUUCAGAAACCAGUUCAUCCUGUCUCCAUUUUUAUUUUCUCAGAAACACCUGGAUUCACAGCCAAUCAGAAUCUAGCUUUAGUAACCAUGGCAACAUUUUUAUGAUGUCUUUUUUUCCCUCUGUUUUCUUUGUGGCUGCAGCUGAUUGGCUUGUUGGUUAAUUAGGUAUUAGGUAAUUAAUUAGUGAACCACUUAAUGAGUUAGUUAGUUAGUUAGUUAACAGGUUAGUGAAGGAUUAAAUAGAAAGUUAUCUGUUUAAUGUUUAAUGUUUUUUCUUUUUGUUCAAUGUUGAUUUUUUUAUGUUUAUGUUUACUUUUAUCACCAUGGGGCUGAGCAUGACACAGCACACACACACACACACACACACACACCUGUCAAUCACUCUGUCGUGUCACAUGGAAACGCCCCUUCCCACCAGUACUACUCUCCACCAAUCGUCUUCCUUCCGAGCGUGACCACCCAAUCAGAUGGUCCUGCUGUAUGAUGUCAUGCUGUAACUUGUUUGUGACUAGUUGAAUUUUCCUGCCUGAAAAUGUCCUUGUGUUUAUGCAAUGAUUUUAAAAUAUAUUAAACUAAAAAAAGACUGA